AUGAAAUCUCUCGAAAAUGAAGGAACGUCGUCAGCUCCCUGUGCUGAGCAGCGAAUUUUCUUGAACAGCGUGGAUAGAAUUUCAUCCGGAAUUCCCGAUUCAUUUGAUCUCGGCACGGUCCCUGUCGAGUUGACAUGCAUCGCCUCUUCUUCGAACUACAUAGUCAUUGGUGCUGGCUGUGGAGCGCUGUUUAUUUACAACAAAAAACUCAGCAAACUCUUGAGGCCACUUCGCACGAACAGCCUCGAGGCGGUCACAUGUAUUCAUCUUCUCGAUGAUUUCGUUGCCAUUGGUCAUAACACGGGAACUUUAAUAGUUAUCCGAUUGCCAAAAGAUCGUGAAGGAGCGACCACAUUCGCUCAAUGCAUCGACUCAGAUAGCCACCGCCGCUCACCUAUAACAUGUGUCGAAUGGAGUUCUGAUGCUAAAAAGGUGGUUUCUGGCGAUGCUUCUGGUACAGUGAUAAUUUCUACGGUGAUGUUUGAGACGGGUGAUUUUCAUCAUAGUUUUCUCUUCGGUGGGCCGAAUUCCGUGGCCGCAUUGGAGUUUAUGGGUGAUUUCGUGAUUAUUCACAAUGGAAUACAGCUGGCUGUGAUCGAUUCCAGGACACCUUCGAACGUUGAAGUUAUCAGUGACAACGAACCCAUGAAAUUGGUUUUGAGUGUGCGAUGUUUGGAUGGCAUUGUGUAUGUUAUUGAGAAGUCUCGCAUUUGCAAAUACACUGAGGACUUUUCCAAAUGUGACGUUAUUCGGGCAAAAGAAUUGGGAGAUGACGUGACAUCUUUUCGCUUGGUUGAAUGGAAUGAAAGCGCCACCAGACUUGUUCUUUUGUUGAGCUCGAAUACAUUUGUAAUGUAUGACGUAACGGCAUCAGAAGUUCUGUGGACGACAGCCAUCAGGACUGACUGUUUCAUUGGUGGAUUCUGCGUAGAUUCAGAUGAUUCUGUUUUUUAUAUCACGAAGCCGCAUAGUAUACAUCGGAUUGGUGCUACACCAAUAGCGAAUACUCUGACGCAACCAGGUGCAUAA